UUCAAAGUGCGUGCUACCAAGGUGAUCGUGAUACCGCGCAAGACAAUGUGCGUGACAGCCACGCCGCUUAGCGCGACUAAAAUACUGAAGGAUAGUGCCAGACACCCGGCAAGGACUAGCAUCGCGACCAACGUACAGGUGCAAGGAUUAACAGGGGCCACGAAUAAUGUCGGCGACGUGGACAGGCCGCAGCAUACGUCGAUCAUGAUGGUCCGCAUGAUCGGCGAUGAAUUCCUUACAGAGGAAAGGGACCGGAAAUACUACGCCGAUCAUUACACGUGCUGUCCACCACCUCUCUUCAUCAUCCUUAUUACUCUUGUGGAGCUGGGUUUCUUCACAUACUACACAGUAGCGAUGGGGGAGGUGAAUCCUUCGGGGCCAGUGCCAAUCGACAGUGUCUUCAUCUAUAGACCAGACAAACGUCUCGAGCUCUGGAGGUUCGCGUUUUAUAUGUUCCUUCAUGCUGGGUGGCUUCACCUGCUAUUUAACCUGGGAGUACAGGUGGUCGUGGGACUUCCCUUGGAAAUGGUUCACGGAAGUCUGAGGAUCGCGGCGGUUUACAUGGCUGGAGUUCUUGCUG